UGAACCUGUCGGCUUGAAGGAUGCUGAAGAAGAGUGGAGAAGAUUUGAGCUAACUUUGGAUCUCCUGUUGGGAGGCUACAGGCUCUGUGAGCAAUUCUAUCCCAACCCUCCUCCUAGGUCCUUGGCUCUUGCAGUUUGAAUACACCAUUUUAUCCAAGCACCUUGACUUGGUAUAUUUAUUUAUUUAUUUAUUUAUUGUCCUGCAAGCCAUCCAUUCUCCCACUUGGUCAAAAGAAGAGGGCGUUUUACAAUGGGAAAGAAAACGCCUGACAUCUACUCGGUUGAAAUCAAUGGAACAAAGGAUUUUGAGGAAGUGGACAAAGGAUAUGAAAAAGAAAAGUACAAAGAUUUGAAAGGGAACAAGAAAAAAGGGAACAAGGCUGAAGACCUCAAGAAAGAGCUGGACCUGGAUGACCACAAGCUCACCAUUGAUCAGUUGGAAGAAAAAUAUGGCACAAGCAUCGAUAAAGGUCUUACAAAUGCAAGAGCUGCGGAGGUUCUCGCCCGAGAUGGUCCCAAUGCUCUCACGCCCCCCAAAUCUACUCCUGAAAUCAUCAAAUUUCUCAAACAGAUGAUAGGAGGCUUUUCCAUUCUCUUGUGGUUUGGUGCUAUCCUGUGCUGGAUUGCUUUUGGGAUUCAGUUUGCCCAUAAAGAUUCUUCGGCAUUUGACAAUCUCUACUUGGGUGUGGUCCUUGCAUUGGUUGUAAUCCUUACUGGGAUGUUUGCUUAUUAUCAAGAAGCUAAAAGCACAAACAUCAUGGCCAGCUUCAGUAAGAUGAUCCCACAGCAAGCCCUUGUUCUCAGAGAUGCAGAGAAAAAAGAAAUACCAGCAGACCAACUGGUGGUGGGCGACAUUGUUGAAAUCAAAGGUGGAGACAGAAUUCCAGCUGACAUCAGGCUGAUUUCCAGUCAGGGCUGUAAGGUGGAUAAUUCUUCCCUCACUGGGGAGUCAGAGCCACAGUCCCGGUCCUGUGAAUUCACCCAUGAAAAUCCACUGGAGACCAAAAACAUUGCUUUCUACUCCACAACUUGCUUGGAAGGCGCAGCUACUGGCAUGGUAAUCAAUACAGGUGAUACCACCAUAAUUGGACGGAUUGCUUCACUGGCUUCUGGUGUUGGGAAUGAGAAGACGCCAAUCGCUAUUGAGAUAGAGCAUUUUGUCCACAUUGUGGCUGCAGUAGCUAUUUCUAUAGGGGUGCUUUUCUUCAUCAUUGCCGUCUCUAUGCAUCACGGUGUCAUGGAAUCCAUCAUCUUCCUCAUUGGCAUCAUUGUGGCCAAUGUGCCUGAAGGGCUGCUAGCCACAGUUACUGUAACUUUGUCUUUGACUGCAAAGAGAAUGGCCAAAAAGAACUGUCUCGUAAAGAACCUGGAAGCAGUGGAAACUCUGGGAUCUACUUCCAUCAUCUGCUCUGACAAGACAGGAACCCUUACACAAAAUAGGAUGACAGUAGCUCACCUUUGGUUUGACCAUGCAAUCUACUCAGCUGACACCAGUGAAGACCAAUCAACCCAGAGUUUUGACCAAACUUCUGCCACAUGGUCAGCAUUGUCAAAGAUUGUAUCUCUAUGUAAUCGGGCAGAAUUCAGACCAGGACAGGAUGAUGUACCCAUCAUGAAGAGAAUUGUGGUGGGUGAUGCCUCCGAAACCGCUCUGCUAAAGUUCUCUGAAGUUGCUUUGGGUGAUGUCAUGGAAAUUCGGAAGAGAAAUAGAAAAGUGGCUGAGAUUCCCUUUAAUUCCACUAACAAGUUUCAGCUGUCCAUCCAUGAGACUGAUGAUACCAACGAUAAGCGUUUCUUACUGGUGAUGAAAGGCGCCCCCGAAAGAAUUCUGGAGAAAUGCAGCACCAUGAUGGUUAACGGACAAGAGGAGCCACUCAAUGAGGAGAAAAAAGAGGCUUUCCAAACAGCAUACAUGGCACUGGGAGGCAUGGGGGAGAGAGUACUUGGCUUCUGCCAUUUGUAUCUGCCCGAGGAAGAAUUUCCAGAUAACUACCCAUUUGACACGGAUUCCAUGAACUUCCCUACUUCCAAUCUUUGCUUUGUGGGGCUCCUGUCAAUGAUUGAUCCCCCACGAUCCACUGUGCCAGACGCUGUCAUCAAAUGUCGGAGUGCUGGGAUUAAGGUGAUCAUGGUCACCGGGGAUCAUCCAAUUACAGCCAAGGCCAUUGCCAAAAGUGUGGGAAUAAUUUCAGCCAACAGUGAGACAGUGGAAGAUAUUGCUAAGCGCCUCAAUGCUCCUGUCGAGCAGGUGAACAAACGAGAUGCCCAAGCUGCUGUUGUUAAUGGAAUGGAGCUGAAGGAUAUGACGUCCGGACAGCUAGAUGACAUCUUGCUCAACCAUUCAGAAAUAGUCUUUGCCCGUACUUCACCCCAACAAAAACUGAUCAUUGUGGAAGGCUGCCAAAGACUGGGAGCAGUAGUUGCAGUGACGGGAGACGGGGUCAACGAUUCCCCUGCGCUGAAGAAAGCCGAUAUAGGAAUUGCUAUGGGCAUUGCUGGAUCUGACGCAGCUAAGAAUGCAGCUGAUAUGGUCUUGCUGGAUGACAAUUUUGCCUCUAUUGUUACCGGAGUGGAGGAAGGUCGCUUGAUCUUUGACAACCUGAAGAAAACUAUUGCUUACACCUUAACCAAAAACAUUGCGGAACUCUGUCCAUUCUUGAUUUACAACAUUGCCAAUAUCCCGCUACCCAUUGGCACCAUAACCAUCCUUUUUAUUGACCUUGGCACAGACAUUAUCCCUUCCGUCGCACUGGCCUAUGAAAAAGCUGAAAGUGAUAUCAUGAAAAGGAAGCCACGGAACAAAAGAAGAGACAGACUGGUCAACCAGGAACUUGCGGUGUACUCCUAUUUGCAGAUCGGCAUUUUGCAGACCAUUGGAGCCUUCCUGACCUACUUCACUGUUUAUGCUGAGCAGGGUUGGCUGCCGUUCUCUCUCCUCAACGUCCGAAUCCCAUGGGAAGAUCCAUCUAUCAAUGAUUUGUCAGACAGCUACGGACAACAAUGGACUUUUGAGCAACGGACAAUGCUGCAGCACCACGGCUACACAGCUUUUUUCGUCAGCAUCACCAUUCAACAAGUGGCAGAUUUGAUCAUCAGGAAGACACGUCGGAAUUCCAUUUUCCAACAAGGGCUUUUCAGGAACAAAGUAAUCUGGCUGGGCAUAUUCUCCCAGAUAGCCAUAGCUUUGAUUCUCUGUUACGGACUUGGAAGUGUUAACGCCUUGAGCUUCACACCCCUCCGGGCUCAGUAUUGGUUUGUUGCUAUGCCUUAUGCCUUCUUGAUAUGGGUCUAUGAUGAAAUUCGCAAGCUGUUGAUCAGGCGUUAUCCAGGAAGCUGGUGGGACCAAAAUAUGUAUUAUUGAGAGUGCUUCGGUCACUCCUCAUUUCUCCAUGCUGGAGAGUGCAGCUUUGUUGCCUCAUCUGCCGGCUGCUGCUUGAAGGUCCUCUCUGGGCAAUGACAAAGAUGCUUAUCGGAAUGAAUGUUGCAAAGAUGCUUAUCGGAAUGAAGAAAGAAGAACCAAAGACAUGAAAUGAAUCUAAACUGUACUGUAAAAGCUUACCUUUGGGUUACCAACUUCAAUGCUAUCUAUUUUUAUAAUUCCCCGCCCCGUAGCGUUUUAGGUGUACAAAGUUCAAAGGGAAGAAAAUCCUCUUGUAUAUAGAAUUAAAGAAACCAUGCAUUUGUUGUAAUAAUAAUGUAAGGCACUGACUUGCACUAGGUUUCUUAAAAGUUGUAUUUUUUUUGUUGAGAGCGAUUUUGUCGUCUUCCAUGGCAAUCCAACUGUGAGCUUGUAGAUGUAGACCAGAUGUGUGUUGCUAAGGUCUAUGCUGUAGAAGCACAAUUUGAUAAUAAAAUAACUCUUUUUACAU